UCCAGACUUCCAGUAAAGAAGAAAGAAAGACAAAUAUCGUAGUCAAAUUAUCAAACCCCUCUCCUUUUGUGUAUUAAAUUUUCUCUCGCCAAAACCAGAAAAUUACACACACAAAAAAGGGUCUUUCUUACACUUUGCUUCUUCAAUUCAAUCAAUUCACAUUCAUUCAUUUCUCCUCCAGAUUUUCUCCAAACUUUCUAACACAAAAAAAGAAAAGAAAAGAAAAGAAAAGAAUUGCCCAAUGAGCGAUCGUCGUCGCCGUCGCUAAAGAUAAGUCGGAAAGUUCUCCGUUGCCGCCGCUCCGAUUCGCCGCCGCGCCUUCCAAUGGCUGCUCCGAGGAAUCUGGCCGUGGACGCCGGCGUCAGGCUGUCGAGAGACGAGGAGAACGCCGCCGCCAAGGAGGACGAUUCGCCCUCCGCAAAGAAGCCCAAAUCCGAGAGGUUCCCGCUCACGCGCUGCGAGUUGGCGUCCGCCAUGGGAGUCUUCUUGAUCUUCUCCGCCGGCCUCUUCUGCAUCUACUCCACCAUGCCCUCCGCCGCGUACGGCAAGCUCAAGCUUCCCCGCACAAUCUCGGAUCUUCGCAUGCUCAAAGAGCAUCUUGCAAGUUAUUCGAAAGAUUUUCCUGCGCAAUUCAUUCUCGGUUACUGUUCCACGUACAUCUUCAUGCAGACUUUCAUGAUUCCUGGAACAAUUUUCAUGUCCUUGCUAGCCGGAGCACUUUUUGGUGUCCUCAAAGGUGUUUUCUUAGUUGUUUUCAAUGCUACUGCGGGAGCUUGCUCGUGCUUUUUCUUGUCUAAGUUAAUUGGGAGGCCUUUAGUUAGUUGGUUGUGGCCAGAAAAGCUGAGAUUUUUCCAGGCAGAGAUAGCAAAGCGUAGGGAAAAGUUGCUUAACUACAUGCUUUUCCUGAGGGUAACUCCAACAUUGCCAAACCUUUUCAUCAACUUGGCGUCUCCAAUUGUUGAUAUACCAUUCCAUGUUUUCUUUCUGGCAACUUUACUUGGUCUUAUUCCAGCAGCAUAUAUCACAGUCAGAGCUGGCCUUGCUCUCGGGGAUCUUAAGUCGGUCAAAGAUCUAUACGAUUUUAAGACUUUGUUUGUGCUUUUCCUUAUUGGUUCGCUUAUCAUACUCCCUACCAUUUUGAAGAGGAAACGAAUCUACGAAUGAGAACUUCUGCUAGUUAGGUUCCACAGUCCUGUCAAAGGCAGCUUAUUAUGUGCCCUUCGGGCAGGCUAUAGAUUGUAAGCUCUAACAAUGAAUUAUACAGGUUAGUUGUAUUAAAAAGAGUAUAUUGGGAAUAUUGGUAUUGAUAUAGUCCAGAAUAUUCAUUCUUUUAAUAGAAAUCAAAUUCAUAAACAAAUAUUGGAGGAGAUUGUGCAAGGAAGGAUAUUUAUGAUUUUGUAAUGCUCAUGAACAAUGUAAACACUGACUAGUUGUUGUAUCACGGUUCUUCAUUUUAAUGACAAUGUCGAA